AUGGAUUACCAGUACAUUCUGUCAGAAAAAGAGCGUGUCUCCAAGUGGGAGGGCAGCGGUGACCGGCGUCACGAAAAGGUCGGUCAUGUGGCGUUUCUGACGAUGAACCGGCCGGAAGUGCUCAACGCCAUGAACCGGCAGCUGACCGAGGAGCUUCACGACGCCGUAAGGUGCGCCAACGAAGACCCCGAGAUCGGGUGCAUUGUAGUCACCGGCGCCGACACGCACCCGCGCGUCCCGGCAUUCACCGCCGGCGGAGACAUCCACGAGCAGCGCGAGGACCAGGCGGCGCUGAACUCAGGGUCGCUGACCACGGAUGCCAUGGACAGUCGCUCGGCACGCCGGCAAAGGGGUGGUUACGAGGUCAGCGCAUCCGAUAAGCCGGUGAUCGGGAUGAUCAACGGGCUGGCCUACGGCGGCGGCGCGGUGCUGUCCUCGUCGCUGGACAUCCGGAUCGGUUCAGACGCCGCGCGGUUCCGGUUCCUGGCCGCGGCGUACGGCAGGAUCAACUCGACGUGGACGCUCACGAACCAGGUGGGCUGGCCGCAGGCGAAGGAAUUGCUGUUCACGGCCAGGAUCAUCGAAGCGGAAGAGGCGUACCGCAUCGGAUUGCUCAACCACCUGGUGCCAUCCUACCGGCUGCGGCAGAAGACAAUGGAGAUGGCCGCCGAAAUCGCCACCAACGAUACGCCCUCGGUGAUAGGCAUCAAGCGACUCCUGCUGCAGCACAAGGGCGAGAGCCUGGAGCAGCAGUGGAUGAACGAAAAGGAUUUCACCACCAACGUACUACGGGGCACCCUGGCGGAAGAAGCGUUCCCGGAAUUCUUGGCCCGUCGUGGACGACCGGUGCGCGGCGCAUAACGGGAAACGGUUACCAGAAUCGAAAACGCUCCCCGCAGUGGGGAGCGUUUU